AAACCCAAGCAAACCGACAUGGAACAGGAUCACACACACAUACAUGCUGGUUGGCGGCGAGGGUCUUCAGGGGAGGCGACAUACGUGAGGAGAUGAGGUGGACGCGUGUAUGGCUUCUUUCCGUGGGUGUUGUCCCCUUCUCCCGCGGGGGCACAGCACUGCUAGGUUUUCUCUCCGCUCCGCAUCUCCCGUCCUCUCUAGUCCUCCAUCAGCACUCGUACCCGCUGUGUCUUUACCUUACAAGCAAAGCAAAUCGCAUCAAACAAGGAAAGCCAGUGCGCAUCCUCCUACCAUUCGUCAACCUCCUGUCGUGAAUCUUGCAAAAGAAAUCGUCGUGCCUUCCUCUCGUCACAGAUCAACACACAGCUGGCGAACUUGCAAUCAACGUCUUCGCAUCUACUCGUCCUUCGUUGUGGAUGUCAUUUUACUACAUAUGCGUUUUCUGCUGUGUUUGAACGACUUUUAUCGAUCAGAAUCAUUUAUGUCGGUGGAAAUGAUUGCUCUGCGAAGCUUGGGAUGUCCCUUUCGGCUGUGAAUUAAAUGUUUAUACUAUGUUGCCAUUGGUGCGAGUGAUACAUCUAGUGGUGGCCAAUAUCUACAUCACCAGCUGGUCUUAUUUUGAAUUACUUUGCGAUUAUAAAGUACACAAGGGGUCUAUUGAGAGUAAGAUAUACGUAUUUUAAAAGAAUACAUACUUCGAUCUCAUCAACUGCAGCUACAUUGGUGAUAUUCAGGCCACAACUAUGUUCAGUUUCCGUGAUCUUGUGGAGUCAAUGGAAAAGAACAAAUAUGAGAGUGUAAAACAAAAGCCGCCUCCUAUACAGCCUCCUCUGCAAAACAUCUCCUCCUACGAGGCUCAUAAAGACUGCGAGAUCACCCCGAGAAGCCAGGCAUCCCAGUGCAAAGUGGAGGCCACUGAUGAGGCGGAGGACGGAUGGGAAAGACGUGAGGGACUGUGGGGCUGCAAUGAGUCACGGGAGGACCAGGAACAGGAACGGAAAGGAAUAUGGUGGAAGGACGAGGAGUUUGGAGUGACAAGAACAGGGCAGCAUGAGAAUGAUAAAAUGGAAAUUGAAGCGACACAUACAAAGAUAAAAGAUACAGAAAAAGCUUUGACCUUAAAGAGGAAACAACCGAGCAUGACGUCGGGAAACUCAAACUGUUAUAAUAACUUGUACGCCCCACUCAGAAAAAGUUGUACUCUGCCGGGGACAUUAUCACCUCUACCCGAUCUAGCACACACGGAAGAAACUCUUGGGAAACAAAAUGUAGAAUCUUCAAACCUAAAAGUGCGCUGCAGUCGAGGCUCUGGAUGCGAACAAGGACAUAAUUCUGAUCACGAUCCACCGGAUCCUUCGUCUUGGAGCCCAAGUGGGGAUCAAUAUGAUGUGCUAGGUAAACUUGAAUACCUAGGGGGAAGUAAAAGAAAAGUUCGCGGUAUAGAUAACCAAUACAGAACAGCAGAAGAAAGAUAUUCUUUUGAAUUUGUAGACGAAACAAUAGAAGACUGUCAUCAAUUUGGAGACGACUCUUUAAGGAAAGUAGCGGACUCAAUAGGAAGUGAAGGCACCUCGGAGGAAUUCACUUCUCAAGAAUUCUUUAUUCAUGCAUCAUACAAUUCAAGGCAAUAUUUUGAUGAUGUAUGGCACAGAGGAGUGUCAGGAAAAGACACACGCACUUUAGGGAAGCAUCUUGGAAGUAACACGAAACAGGCGGAGAACGCAAGGGGCUGCGACUUGAACUGUCCCGUCACGAUGUGGCCACUGAACAACACUACUUCUGCUUUCACGCCAUUGAUUGGAGAUAAACAACAAACUAACUCUGCGACAUACAAAAACGCAGCGUGUUGUGACUUCCAAACAAAGAAUAAGGUGAGAGUUGAGCACAAAUGGACAACACAGAAUUCCACAGGCCAUGGGGAAUCACAAAAUUCGAAAGACUCUGAACAUGUAACAUCUAAAGGCAGUCACAAACCUGGUAAAAAGGAAAGCACAAGACCAGCCAGCAAGAGAGGAAGAAACUCAGGGAUUCCUUCCAAACAAUCGACGAGAGGCUUGUCGAAAAAAUUAGACAGUGCUGCAUAUAAUAAACAAAUCGACAGAACAGCUUUUAAAACAAACGAGAGGCCCCUAAAUUAUAAAACGCGUAAUAUAAGAAAACACAAAGGAACUGAAACAAAAAUUGGAUUCCAUGAAACUGACAACAAAGCUGAAGAUACAAGAGGGAAUGAAGAACCCCGGUCAUCCUCUCCCUCUUCAUUAGGAUUCAGGUGUCCGCGGUGCUCGUGCUGGUGGCGGGACGAGGCCUCCCUGGCGCGCCACCUCCGCCAGCACGCCCCGGCGCGGCCCUUUGCCUGCGCUGACUGCCCCUCGCGCUUCAACCAGCUGGUGCACCUGCAGAUACACCGCCGCACGCACAGCGGCGAAAAGCCCUUCCGCUGUACCUCCUGCAGCGCCUCCUUCAGCAGGAAGGACAGGCUGAGGUCGCACGAGCGGAGGCACAGUGGCGAGCAGCCCUACACGUGUCCGUACUGUUCCCUCUCCUUCCGGGACGCGGCCAGCCUCCGGAGUCACGUGCCAGUUCACGCCCUCCAGCUUCCCUUCACCUGUCGCGUCUGCCGCUCCACCUUCGCACACCUGUCCACCUUCACUUCACACUGGCGACAGCACAAAUAAUUAUGCAGGUGUCAUAUUUAUAUUUGCAUUAUUGGAUUGUUUCUGUCUAUCUAGCUGUCUGUAUGUCUGUUUCUCUGUUACUCAACUUUUGCAAGAUAUCUUUCCACAUGAACAAUUGAUAAACGACCUGAUGUUAAUCAAGUACAUAUUUUUUCUUUUUUUCUUUUCCUGCGCUGUGAAGGGUACGAAGAAUGAUCAAGUAGCCAGGGUAACUUGAUAAGGUUAACGGCGAGUGGUACGCCCUAAUAUCUCGAUACAUGUUUAUGUAGCUGUCUUCCCCCCACCCUGGGGCCCCUUUGCUCUGCUGCACGUUACAUUGCCCACAUUCCUUGCAUUCCACUCAUAAACAGGCCAUUGUGCAUCUCUUCGCAUCAGCCCGCAUCCAUUGAAUACUUUGUUGUUACACACACACACACACACGCACACACCAUUUGCUGACCCUCCGCCUUCUCAAGCCCACACUCAUAAAAUAAAACUUGGCUAUAUGAUUGUUCUAUAGAUUGAUAUUUUAUAGUUAGAUCAGUCAAGGAAGCGUCGAUGAACUGGAUAGGACGCAAAACAGCAAAUGGUACCUAAGUGUGUGUGGCAUGGCUGUAACCUAUAUCGGGUAGGUACUAUGUGUAGACAUGCAUGUUUAUAUAGAUUAUAGGCUACGUGCCAGCAUGUAAACCAGCGAGAUAUAAAUAUGUUGUUCAUGUUUCGUCAAAGCACCGAACUUAUUAUCGAGCUUUUGAACCCUAAUUAACUCCAUAUCAAAAAGAAAUAAUGAAAUCAAUCAUGCCUUUGGAUUAUCACAACUUACCCUCUCACGUUUCCACCGGUAAGUGUUGCUCUGCUGACCAAGGAGGUAGAGAGUUGCUCGCCGUUGAGUAAGCCCGUCUGGGACUAGGGGUGUGCGCCUUGACCCGUCGACAGAGACUAAUGAAGGCCCGUGCCCGUCAGCCAAUCUGUAGUCUCCACUUCCUUGAUACGGAUGCAGCUUCGUUAUACCAAGAACAAUGUAACUACACUCUAUUUCCCUGACAGCUUUUUUGGGAAGGACUCUAUCGUACUUUUGCUAUUUUUUUUCUUUAUGCCUUGUCAAACUGCAUGAAAAUGUAUUAGUGCAUGUAAGUGCCACACUACAUAAUUGAAUAAUAAGUUUCACAAGUUGACUGUUGUUACACCUGAAGAACCAUUCAUUAUUUUUAAACUAAUAAACUAUAUUGAAAUUGGUGAUAGGUACACCUUUCAUAUGAUAUCUCCUUUACGGCAACCAUGAGAUAAAGUCAGUCUCGUUUGAUCAUUCACCACAAUCAGCUCAGAUGAAAUGUGCUUCAGGGAAAAUGUGUGAUAGAUGCUUCACUAACUGGUUCAUUAUCUCAUCUAUUCUUUAAACUCAGUAAAGACUCCCAAAAAGCUAACAGGGAAAUCGAAUAAAUAAGCUGUCAAAUAAUAAUUAAAUUUGACGUCUGUAUGUUGUUAUCACAUUGCCCUGCUUCCUCAGAUCAGUUGUUAAGACUCAUAAGGUGCAUUACAUGUUCACAUGAUUCUUCAUGAUCAUUUUGUUGGACCUCCACAUUGCAUACACACCCCUGUUUUCAGUCUCAGGAAUGAAUACAAUAUUAACAAUCUCAUAAUUUUCAAUACAAAGGAUGAGUGAUUCUUUAAUGAUGGGUGUGCAAACCAAUUAUAAACCUGUUAAUAACUUUAUUACAUAAAAAUACAAUAAAGAAAAGCUUAACCAAUCUCUGUAUAUUCAUAAAUAUCCCAUAAUAUUUCAACAAAGUAGUUUGUAACCUAAUGCUGCAUAUGUAUAACUUGUCUUUUAACAAUGUGACUUAUACUCUUUAUUUACCAUUACAAGUUGACACGAGUAGAAUACUCGUUUUUAUCAUGAAAGCAUUUGAAUUUUUAUAUGAAACUUCAGUUUUACGACAUGUGAUUAAUAAGUUCGAAAAAGGAAAUAUAACAUACCAAAGCAGGAUUGAACAAGGAAAUUAUUUAUGGUAAAAAAAAAAAAAAAAACAAAAAAAACACUUUGCAAGGCAGAGAUGAAAUAUAGGAUAGACUGUCUUUGCAGUAGGCAAGCUCUGACAUAAACCCAUAAAGGACUCAGCAUAUCAAAAUAGGGAACAUCCUAAUGUUAAGGUUACGUAAUCCUUUCACAUAGUUCAAAUGCCCUCAAAUGCUGCCUGAGGAGUUCCAUCAACAACUGCACAACAUACUUCUCUGAAAAUGCUGACAGCAACAGGGAGAGAUGGGAAGAAUUUCUAAAACAUAUGCUUCACAAACUGAAGCUAAAACAACAAUGUAUCUCAUUUAUCAACUUUAAAUCCAUUUAAGUGUUGCCUGAUCAAUCAGAGUAACAGUUUUGGAGAUAGGGACAUGUAAAAAAUGUCAAGAAUCCUGUUUGUUUGUGUCUAAGCCCCUGCCUAGACACCUUAGAUCUUCCUACCACUAUGUGUACCUUGCAUUGGUCCAGUACUUCCCAAACAAUUACCUUCUAAAAAGGUAACUGGAAAGGAUAUUUCAACAGAAUUCAGUUAUGUUCUUUAUGAUGUUGUUUUACGGCAAUUAUAUACAAGUAAACUUUCACUGACAAUUUUAGACUUGCUUAAAAGAUCUAUUUAAUUAUAUCACGAGGGGAAUCAAGGAUAAAAACAUCAUCAAACCAUGAGACUUGUGAAUGAAAAUCUCUACUUCCUUUGCAUAAAGUACAACUUAAAAAGCUCUAACCAGCUACUGGACUCUUGGUGAGCACUACAGCAAGUAGGAUCUGAAACCAUUGAUAAUAAGGGUACUAACCAGGAUCUAUUCAACUCUUUUACAAGAUUAUUUUGUUUGUUCUUUAAUAUUUUUUGCAGCAUUAUGUUCUUUGCAAAAGUAAUGAACAUACAUUCACAAUUUUUUAUAUUAAAGAUUACAUGACUUUACUAAGAAAAUUUUCUGGAUUUUUGUCUACAUAACACACAAAGGAUUCAUUAAAAUUAUGGAAUCUUUCAUAACGACACCUUAGAAAAAUCCUGAAUUUGUGUUUCCAGAACAUUCCCCAACAUGUCUGCCAAACCUAUCCAACAUAUGCACACAUACAUGUCUGUACACACACACACACACACACAAUUUCCAUCUCCACACUCCUCUAAAUC